CUCCGCCCCCCGUCUCCGCCGCCGGCGGCCGGAGCAGUUUGGGCGCCGCGGGCCGCCGUCGGUGCGCUGGGGCUGCGGGUCCGGGUCCGGGUCCGGGCGGGAGCAGCGGGAGCCGGAGCCGCCUGGGUCCGUCCCGGCCGUGCCGCGGCGCCAUGAGCGAGAAGGGCGAGCUGGACCUGAGCGGGGCCAAGCACAACACCGGCAUGUGGCUCGUCAAGGUAACAAGUAGCAGCGAGGAAGACGACAACAUUAUAGGCCCAAUGCCUGCCAAAGGACCAGUGGAGUCUGAUGUGACUAAAGAAUUUGAACGCAGAGCUCAGAGAAUGAAGGAAAAACUUACUUCAGCAGACAGCGAGUCCAAGAGAUCAGAAUCUCUCCUGGACAUGCAUCAGAAAAAGCUGAGGAGCAAAGCGUCAGAAGAGAAGACCAAACCUCAGGAGAGAAGGCCGUUUGACCGAGAGCAGGAUCUCAAAGUCAAUCGAUUUGAUGAAGCGCAAAAAAAAGCCCUUAUAAGAAAAUCCCGGGGUCUGAAUAGUAAAUUUGAGCACGGACAUGUCACCAGGCACUGCAGGUGGCCAAAUCUCACCAUCCAGCUGCGUUCCUGUUUUCUUGCUCCUGCUGCAGCCCCAGGUGGUCUCUGGCCCUCUGCGAGGAUGUGCUGAGUGGAGGCUGUGGGCUCUUGCUCCAGAGGAGAGCUGCCAGGGGAGCCCCGACAGCAACUUUUUGGUUAGCGCGGUGCCCAUCACGUUGCAGUCGCUGCCCCUCACUCCCUGGGAUGCACGGCUCUGAUCAGCAAAGCCUUAAUGUGAGUCAGGAACGUGUUUUCUCUCAUCUGCUUAAUCUUUUCUGUUCUUGCUGCUGUUGUGAAGCAGCCUCUCGAAGACUUGAUGAAAUCUGCGUUGCGAGUUAGGGGAAAAUUGGAAUUGUGGAGAGUUCAAAUGAAGCUUCUCAUUGCCUUGUGUAAAUUGAGCGAGCUUCUGAAUUGUGUUAAUACACAAACUAAUCUCUUCUCACCAAUGCCAAGCUGUUGCCUAGAACAGUCAUUAAAAUAAACAGCGACUCAGUAAAUUGCAAACUCUAUAAGCUUUUGUGUGAAGAGAUGAGCUGUCCUCUACAAUUUGGCCAAGCAGAAAUGUUAGGGGUGAUUUUUUCAAGACUCUCUUUAGAAAAAAAAAAACAGAAUUUAUUUCAUGGAAGGCUCUCGCUGUAAUUAGUAUGUAAUGUUUCUGGUAAGCAGCUCCCCACACCUGUUUAAUGGGCUUCGGUGCUCCUCUGCCCCGCCAGCCUGCCCAGCGGCUGCUUGGCUUGAGGCACACCAAGACACACCAGUUUGUAGCAAGAUGUCAGGAAGCUUUUCUCGGAGGUGAAAAGCCUGUUAGCCGAGAUGUUAAAGCAUUUGCCUUUGUUUUGUGCCGGUGCAGACUUUUAUUCACAUAUUACCACAAAAAAAAAUAAUCUGUUUGAGAGUAAGGUUCACUCCUUCUGAGGUGUCAAAUAGGUGUGGAAGGCAAUUCGUGGUGAAGGCAGUGAAGAGAAGGCUAGCAGGUGGUGAGUAAAUGCUGCAGUGGGUGUCUAAGGGGAAUUUUAAAGAAUAUUAUAUGCUAAUUAAAACAAACAAAAGGAAAAAAAAACAACUUCUGAGUCUGCCUUGUUACCAAGGAAAAAUUAAAGGCAGAAAAGACAUUUUAAGAAAACUCACUGUA